ACAAUUGGCAAAAACUUGUUCGCUUUGGGCAUUUGAGGCAAAAUCAUCGCAACUGGCGAGCUUAGCAGAUUUUUAAAUUAUUUUUUUGUGUGUCUAAAACCAAUUCACCUCACACCCCACAAAAUAAAAUAAAAACAGUUUAAAAAUGGCGGCAGCCAACGCAACACAAACAGAUUAUUGGAACUUUCUGUUCAUUGAAUUGGCAGAUCCUCGUACGAAUGAUUGGUUCUUAAUCAAAUCACCAUUGCCCCUGCUGACCAUUCUGGGUUUCUAUUUGUACUUUGUGCUAUCAUGGGGUCCACGUUUUAUGCGUGAUCGUAAACCCUUCAAAUUGGAACGAACUCUGCUGGUCUAUAACUUCUUCCAGGUGGUUCUAAGUGUUUGGAUGGUAUACGAGGGUGUUGUCAUUUGGCAAUAUUAUAGCUGGCGUUGUCAACCCGUCGACUGGUCACGAACACCGAAAGCCUAUCGGGAGGCACGUGUGGUCUAUGCUUAUUACUUGGCCAAAAUCACUGAACUCCUUGAUACCAUAUUCUUUGUGCUGCGCAAGAAUGAUCGUCAGGUGACAUUCCUGCAUGUCUAUCAUCAUACUGUGAUGCCCAUGAUCAGUUGGGGCACAAGUAAAUAUUAUCCAGGCGGACAUGGCACUUUCAUUGGCUGGAUCAAUUCAUUUGUGCACAUUAUUAUGUAUUCGUAUUACUUCCUCUCAGCCUUUGGACCACAAAUGCAAAAGUAUCUGUGGUGGAAGAAGUACAUUACCAAUCUGCAGAUGAUUCAAUUCUGUUGCUGUUUCAUUCAUCAAACUCAAUUGCUUUACACCGAUUGCGGUUAUCCCAGAUGGUCGGUCUGCUUCACUUUGCCAAAUGCUGUGUUCUUCUAUUUCUUGUUUAAUGAUUUCUAUCAAAAGUCAUACAAGAAGAAGCAGGAGGCUGCCAAGAAGGCCAAAGCUCUGACAACAGAUAAUAAUAAUGAAUCCUGUGCCAAGGAUCUGAAUGCUGCCAUCAAGACAAUAGAGCAAAAGAAGGCACUGUAAAGAAAAAAAAACAAAAGAAAAACCAAUAAUCUAUUCCAUAUCCCUUCGUUAAUCCUCAUCCCACCCAUUCCAACUCCCAUUCCCUUUCCCAAUCACAUCCUCCUCCCACUCUCCUAAAACAAAAAAAAAAAAUACUCGUACAAAGCGGGGCACAUGGGCUUGUCUCUGUGCAACUUUGUUGACUAAUUUGUUAAGUAAUCCGCCGCCAAAAAAAUAAAAACAAAACAAGAAUGAGACAAUAUUUUUGAACAAAUGAGGUUUUCGAGCUACAUAAAAUGUACAGUAAACAGUUGACAGAAAACAAACCAAGAAAAAUAUUCAAAAAAACCACAAAAAAAAAGAUAAAAUUACUUUUCGCAGCCAUCAUCCAUCGCUACGUUUGAAGUUCUCUUUGUGUAUCGACCAUGUGGACACAUAUGAAAGAAGUUUUAUGUUUUUUCUCAGUUAAAAACUGAACUAAGAAGUUAAGCAAACAUCAAGGCGAAAAAUGAAGUGUUAGUUGUGUAAAUAAGUUUAG